CUUUCACUAUCGCUCACUGUUUGUGUGUUUAUGGAGGGAGGGAGGAGAGGAGGGCCACCGACAGAGACAGCGUGGCUGCUUUGUCGCAGUAACAACUUCUCCGGCCGAGCUGCAGCUCUUCCCAUCCUCAGGUGGAGUCUGAGAGGUCACCGGCAGCUCUGUGUUCUCAGUGACAGGGAAACUGUUAAACCACACCGAAGGGUUUAACCACCUGCUCGCUGUCAACGAAACCUGGAGCAAAAGCGACUCCCCGCUUCUCCCCCUCCGCCGACUGGGAGCCACCAUCCCCGGAUCGGCCGCAGGGACCCAACCUCAGCGGUUGGUUAGCGGGAAGCUAACACACAUUAACCGUGGAUAUAAACUCAGCAAACAGCUUUGACAAUGACAACGUGGAGAUGGAUUGAACCAUGAAGGGCGGGACUGUCCAAUCAUCCAAAUAGGAGGGCCGCUCUCAAAGGUUGUGCUCUUCAGCUUACCUUUGCAACAGAGCUGAGAGACUGAGCAGAAGAUGCCUCCAAGGCCAUCCUCAGGGGAGCUAUGGGGCAUCCACCUGAUGCCUCCAAGGAUCCUUGUGGACUGCUUGCUACCCAAUGGGAUGAUUCUGACUCUGGAGUGUCUCCGAGAGGCCACUCUAAUUGCCAUCAAGCAUGAAUUGUUCAAGGAGGCCAGAAAGUAUCCUCUUCACCACCUCCUACAGGAAGAAACAUCAUACAUUUUUGUCAGUGUUACACAGGAAGCAGAACGGGAAGAGUUCUACGAUGAGACCCGGCGGUUGUGCGACCUUCGACUCUUCCAGCCUUUUCUCAAGGUCAUCGAGCCAGUCGGCAACAGAGAGGAGAAGAUCCUGAACAGAGAGAUUGGAUUUGCUAUUGGCAUGCCCGUGUGUGAGUUCGACCUUGUGAAGGACCCUGAGGUUCAGGACUUUAGGAGAAACAUCCUUAAUGUUUGUAAAGACUCUGUGGAGCUGAGAAAUGCCAGUGGUCCUCACAGCAGAGCUCUGUAUGUUUACCCUCCCAAUGUGGAGUCAACAAAGGAACUUCCAAAACACAUCUCAAGCAAACUUGAUAAAGGUCAGAUUAUUGUUGUGAUAUGGGUGAUAGUUUCCCCAAACAAUGACAAACAGAAGUAUACGUUAAAGAUCAACCAUGACUGUGUGCCUGAACAGGUGAUUGCAGAGGCUAUUCGCAAGAAGACGCGCAGCAUGCUGCUGACCCAAGACCAGCUAAAGAUGUGUGUUCAGGAGUAUCAGGGGAAAUACAUCCUCAAAGUUUGUGGCUGUGAUGAGUAUCUACUGGAAAACUACCCUCUUAGUCAGUACAAGUACAUCCGUAGUUGCAUCAUGCUGAACAGGAUGCCUAACCUGAUGCUGAUGAGUAAAGACAGUCUGUACACCCAGCUACCUACAGAUAACUUUGUCAUGCCAUCGUAUGCUCGACGCAUCUCCACGGCAACAUCGUAUAUGAAUGGAGAGGCAUCUUCCAAGUUGCUGUGGACCAUCAACGGAACUCUGCGAAUACGGAUCCUUUGUGCCACCUAUGUCAAUGUGAAUAUACGGGACAUAGACAAGAUUUAUGUGAGGACUGGAAUUUACCACGGAGGUGAACAAAUGUGUGACAACGUCAACACGCAGAGAGUACCUUGUUCUAAUCCCAGGUGGAAUGAGUGGCUCACCUAUGACAUGUACAUCCCGGACAUCCCCCGAGCUGCCAGACUCUGCCUCUCCAUCUGCUCGGUCAAAGGCAGAAAGGGAGCCAAGGAGGUAAGACAGAGUUCAGUGAAGCAAAUAUGGGUGGUUGUUGUGGGUAAAAAUGUGGUGUUUCAAUGUGUCGCUUUUGUCCGGUUCCAGAGUAGUCGCACGGCCAGAGAUCACGCCCUGACAGAGAGCGACAGUGAACAGAUGAGACAGCUGAGUAACAGGGACCCUCUGUCAGAAAUCACAGAGCAGGAGAAAGACUUCCUUUGGAGACACAGGCAGUAUUGUAUACACAUCCCUGCAAUCCUACCCAAGAUCCUUCUCGCUGUCAAAUGGAAUUCCAGAGAUGAAGUAGCACAGAUGUACUGCCUGCUGGAGGAAUUGCCAUAUAUCCCUCCAGAACAGGCCAUGGAGCUGCUGGACUGUAACUACCCAGACCCCAGGGUCAGGCACUUUGCUGUUCGUUGCCUUGAGAAAUACUUGACCGAUGAUAAACUCUCCCAGUAUCUGAUCCAGCUUGUUCAGGUAUUAAAGUAUGAGCAGUAUCUCGACAGUCCAUUAGCUCGCUUCCUCCUCCAAAAGGCCCUGACCAAUCAAAGAAUAGGACAUUUCUUCUUCUGGCAUCUCAAGUCAGAAAUGCACAAUAAAACCGUGAGCCAGAGGUUUGGGUUGCUUCUGGAGGCUUACUGCAGGGCCUGUGGCAUGUACCUGAAACACCUGAGCAGGCAGGUUGAAGCCAUGGAGAAGCUCAUAAAUCUUACAGACAUCCUCAAACAGGAAAAGAAGGAUGAGACUCAAAAGGUCCAGAUGAAGUUUCUUGUAGAGCAGAUGAAGAGACCAGACUACAUGGAUGCUCUGCAGAACUUCACCUCUCCUCUUAACCCUGCACACCAGCUUGGAAAUCUGAGGUUAGAUGAGUGCAGGAUCAUGUCAUCAGCAAAGAGACCACUGUGGCUCAACUGGGAGAACCCCGACAUCAUGUCCGAGUUACUGUUCCAGAAUAAUGAAAUCAUCUUCAAAAAUGGCGACGAUUUGCGGCAGGAUAUGCUGACGCUGCAGAUAAUCAAGAUCAUGGAGAACAUUUGGCAGAAUCAGGGACUGGACCUACGGAUGUUGCCCUAUGGCUGUUUGUCAUUGGGAGACUGUGUGGGUCUAAUAGAGGUGGUUCGAAACUCCCACACCAUCAUGAAAAUUCAAUGUAAAGGAGGUUUGAAGGGAGCCUUGCAGUUCAACUCCAACACUCUCCAUCAGUGGCUCAAGGACAAUAACAAAGGAGAGAUGUAUGACAUGGCUGUGGAUCUGUUUACAAGGUCGUGUGCUGGCUACUGUGUAGCUACAUUUAUUCUGGGCAUAGGAGACAGACACAACAGCAACAUUAUGGUCAAAGAAGAUGGACAGUUGUUUCAUAUAGAUUUUGGCCAUUUCCUGGAUCACAAGAAGAAGAAAUUUGGCUACAAGAGAGAGCGAGUCCCUUUCGUUCUGACACAAGACUUCCUGAUCGUCAUCAGUAAGGGAUGCCAGGAGUACACAAAGACCAAAGAGUUUGAGAGGUUCCAGGAAAUGUGCUACAAAGCGUACCUGGCCAUCCGACAGCAUGCAAACCUCUUUAUCAACCUCUUCUCCAUGAUGCUGGGCUCCGGCAUGCCUGAGCUGCAGUCAUUUGACGACAUAGCUUACAUCCGGAAGACGCUGGCACUGGAGAAAAGUGAGCAGGAGGCCUUGGACUAUUUUAUGAAACAGAUGAACGAUGCCCAUCAUGGAGGUUGGACCACCAAGAUGGAUUGGAUUUUCCACACAAUCAGACAGCAUACACUAAACUAAUUAAACCCCCAAAAGAAAUGCCACCGUCUCAACAUGGACUAUUUAUUAUUCUUUAGGAGAGUCGACACUUUUUGAAGGAAUUCAUUUUUCCCUCAAUAGCUAACUCUAUAAAACUCUCUAUAGAAGUUCAUUUUUGAAGCACUUUUUUAUAUUUUAAAAACAGGGUUCUGGGUUUUCUGCGUUUUUCUUGGAUUAUUCUUUUGGUUUGCCUUUUCUCUAUGGUCUGCUGCUAUCGUCAGUGUGUCAGAUUUUCCUCAGGACCCUCUGAGGAAGGUAAGCUUGAUGAGACUUUUUUUGUUAUCCUUUCCCAGAGUUUUCAGUGAAAAAAAAAAAAAAAAAAGAAAGAUCUCUUCCCUCACUUUGCUGCGCUGAAAAGAACAUAACAAGUUUGGCAACAGAACAAAAGAGACGCCAAGUCUGCUAAGGCAUUAAUGUAGCCACAAAGUGACUCAGUCAUUGUAGUGCUACACUUUUCCCCUACUUUCACCAUAUGAGCUGAAGAGAUGGAAGUAAAGAGUGGGUGUAAAACUGCAUCUCUGAUCCAACUGAGCUUCCAUAAUGUCUUCCACCAUCCUUGCUCACAUAUAAUUCCACCAGUUAGUUUAUUUUCUUUAUGUUAGCAUAAAUUUAUCGUUUUAAUGUUUAUAAAGGAGCUUUCUUCGGAUUGACGCCUCCCUUCCCCUCAUAAAAGGACUUGGAAAUUGUAAAACAAUGUGUACAGGUCAUUACUUUUUAAAAUUAAUUUAUGGAUUUUGUUUAUUUUGGCUUGAAAGUCAAAAAUGUAACUGAAGAUAUUUGUUUUGUAAAUAUGUUUGGAGUUUUGUGUUUGGCUCAAUUGCAGCCUCUUUCAGCAGCAGUUCAGCUCCAGACUUUUUAUUCAUUAGACAUACUGCUAAUGCAUUAUUUUGUUUUGUUUUUUUGUUAUAUAACUUGUCACUUUAAAGUUAGCCAUCUUCUUAGGCCUCUGCAGGGGCCCAGUUUGUGCUUAUUAACCAUUAUUAUAAGUGAAUGUUUCAGUCUUGCAUUAUAUGUACAAUAGAAAGUACAAAAAAAGCAGAUGCUGCUUUGUUUUGCUGCAGGGAUGCAGAUUUUCCACCUUUUUCAUUUACCCCACGCAGGUCAAAUUGAAUAUUAAACUUACUGAAAUGAGAUAAUCUAGAGAUAACUUAAAAUUGUAGAUUUAGCCGUGGCUUACCUCAGUUUAUAAAACACCCUGACUACAUAUUUAUAUUUACAAUAAGCCAGUUUGGUUUUUAGUCCUUUAAAAAGGAAAAUUAAGCAUUUAUCCUUUCCCAUGGCGAAACUGCUGAUCUACCAGAUCUGUUAGGAGCAAUUUGAAUCUGUUUUAGAGUUCAUUUUUAAUUAUUUAAUCUAAGAAAUGAACAUGACAUAUUAAUAAAUACAGGCACAAGGUAGUAGAGAAAAGGACACUGUUUUCAGAAUGCCAAAUAUCAGGCCCUAAUGCA